CUCGGCCGUUGCGCUGGCGCCACGGCGUCUUCUGGACAAACAAACGGCCGUUGCGGCGCGGGCACGGGUGCGGUGCGCCCUCGGCCCGACGCUCGGAGCCUCGUCUUGCUGGGGCUGCCGCGGCUCGUGCUCGCCGAGCGAGCCUCGGAGCCUCGGGCCCCGGAAGGCGCAAGGCGUGGGUGUCGAGAUGCCCUCGCUUGGCUAGGGGUGCCUGUGUUGUCACGCGGGCGUAUGCUGAGAGAUUCGCUCACACGAGGCGGCCGUCGCCCGCGGCUCAUCCCCGCUGAUGGAGCGAGAAAGGUCCUGGCUCUCUUCUGCUGUCUCUCUCUCUCUCGCUCGCAGGAGGAAGACCGAGCUCAUCGCCUCGCUUCGCUACGUCUCGUUGAGCAUCUCACGUGCCGAAGAGGCCCCCUCGACCUCUCACCGAGCCGUCAAGGCCGAAGAGGCGAGGGGCCCGGCCUCGCUUGCCGCGAGAGAGAAAGCGCUGCCCGCGUGCCGGUGCCGGCGCGGCAGCCGCGGGCCGCUCAAAGCACUCUGCCUCCUCUGCUGCGUGCUGCUGGCGGUGGAGCAUUGUGCGCGGCCGCAGGCACGGCGGCGGUGCGGUGUCUCGCGUGGCCCGCGGCCGAGCGUGCAUGCGUGUCGUCAGCACUUCAUCUGCGGGCACGAGAGGAGUGCGCGCGCCCCCCUCUCGCGUGCCCGUGGCCACAAGCGUCGAUCUUGAGGAUGCAGGCGGCGUGCCGAGCUCGGUGCGAAGAUGGGGGUGCCCUCUCUGCUCGCUCGCCGGAGAGGGCCGUGCCGCCUGCGCUGCUGGCUGAACGCGCGCACUGCAGCGCUGCGUCACUCUGCGCCUGCCGCGGCGCUGUGCCGAGGCGAGAGCGUGCGGGGGAAGGAGGGGACACCGCCAGCUGCAGCGCCGCAUGCUGCUGCAUCGGCGCGCAGAGGCGGCAGCAGCAGGCAGCGGCGCACGCACGGCAUGCGGCGGAGUGCGCCUGUCAAGCUCAUGCGAUGGGCGAAUGCGGCGUGCGGCGUGUGCGCAGCGAGGCGGCGCGGUGGCGGCGAAUGAUCGGCGUGCCGCGAGAGAGGAGCGAGGCGAGAGGGCAAGCAGCCCGAGGGUGCAAGGCGCGACGCUGCCCUCCGAGGGAGAGCGGCGCGGGCCGGCGUUCGAGAAGUCAGGUGCGCUGCCGAGAGUGCGCGCUGCAGGCGAGAGUAAGAGUGGAGCGCGCACGGCACACACAAAGGCGCGCUGCGCUGCGCUGCGCUGCGAGGGCGUGGCAGCGUGCGGCGUGAUCGGGCACGAGGCUCUGCUCCCACUGCAGCCACCGCGCGCUGCCUCUCUCCUCUUCUCCACACGCUCACCUCCUUUCUGCCUCAUCGCAGCAAACCCCACACUCCUUCUCUAUUUGCACCAUGUCCUUUGCCGAGCUGCGUCGCCGCCAAGGCGCGUCCGGCGGGCUGCUCGACCCCAUCGUCGACGGCGCCAGCAGCAUCAUCGACGGCAUCCUCGGCGGCAAUGGCAACGGCAACGGCAAUGGCAACGGCGGCGCAGCCUCGAGCUCGUCGUCGUCGUCGUCCAGCGCGGCGGUUAGUAGCAGCAGCAGAGCGGCCUCCAGCUCGCGCGUGAGUGGCCAGCGACG